CCGUCAAUCCCUUGUCGCGAUAUCACGGUGUUCCACUGCUCUUUCACAUUAUAGCUCCAUUACUUUACUAAUUCAUGUUAUAUGUAGCAUAAUAUCGAUUAUACUUAGUCGGCGUCGAUGAUAUAAGACAAACAUUAUCAUGAGCGGCGUCCCGGAUAACGCGCCCCAACAUUGCCCCGGCACCGGCAGUGAGGAUGCGGGCAAAGCUUCAGCCUGCGCCGGAUGCCCUAACCAAAACCUCUGUGCCUCGGGUGCGGCAUCAGCCCCCGAUCCAGCUAUAGAAAUAAUCAAGGAGCGACUCUCUAAAGUGAAACAUAAGAUCCUCAUCCUCUCUGGCAAGGGAGGUGUCGGAAAGAGCACUGUGACUUCCCUGCUCGGGCACGCUUUGGCUGCUAAGAAUCCGGAUAUUAAUGUGGGAAUCCUGGACGCGGACAUCUGCGGGCCCUCGCAGCCCCGAGUUCUCGGCGUGAGCGGCGAGCAAGUCCACAACUCGGGCUCUGGCUGGUCGCCUGUGUACGUAACAGACAAUUUGUCUCUAAUGUCCAUCGGUUUUCUGCUGGGCAGCCCCGACGACGCAGUCAUUUGGAGAGGUCCGAAGAAGAAUGGUAUGAUCAAACAGUUCCUCAGCGAAGUAGACUGGGGAGAACUAGACUACCUAUUAAUUGAUACGCCUCCAGGCACGUCAGACGAGCACCUAUCCGCCGUGCAAUACCUAACUGGCGCUGGUCUGACCGGCACCUUAGUAGUGACUACACCACAGGAAACGGCCCUACUGGACGUGCGUAAAGAACUGCAGUUCUGCAAGAAACUGAACGCAAGAGUACUGGGUGUUGUGGAGAAUAUGUCGCUCUUCAUAUGUCCCAAUUGCAAGACUCGCAGCGAGAUCUUCCCAGCGACAACCGGCGGUGCCGCCCAAAUGUGCCUCGAGCUAGCAGUACCCCUACUAGGCGCGUUGCCACUUGACCCAGUACUCGCACGCUGCUGCGAUGACGGACGCGACUUUAUCACAGAAUUGCCAGGCUCGCCGGCCGUUAUUGCGCUGAUGGGUAUUGUUGACAAAAUUGUAGCAGCCUGUGAAAAUACUUCUAGUUAAUAAGUAAUGCCUUAUUGUUAUAUAUAUCAUUGACAAGUUUAUACAAUUUUAUCACUGCUAGUCCAGCUCAUAAUGUAUUUUAGCUAUUGGCUAGUGCAGAAAAUAAUGUCUCCGUGAAUUAUUUAUUUGUGAUAAAUAAAUGUUAUUUUAUUUGU